GUUCUAUCGAACUUUCAUAUUAUCAUGGCUUAGGAAGCCCAAUAUCCAAAGAAUAAAGAUGUUCAACUUUAUUAAAUACCAGAGUUAAAGAAAGAGAGGGAAGGAAAUCCACUUAUGACUCUAGUACCUUCCUAAAUUCCUUCAGUUAGAAUGCAAGAACUGGAAACAUAAAAUACCUUAGUUGUUAAGGUUAUUUUUAAGAAGUUUCAACUCCUGUUAGUGAACAUACAACUGAAUUCUACAAUAAAAACUAGAAUACAUGGGAGACUUUCCAAUACUCUUUAGAACGAAUAAGUUGAGAUAUUAUAAAUAAUUUACUUUAGUUUAUUCUUAUUUUUAAACUAUAUUAAAUAUGAUUCAAUUAAGAGGUGA